AUGGGCCCGAAAAGAGGUAAAAAGGGCACUCCAUGGCCAGAACCACGGUUUGCAGAUGACCCUGAUAUACGCGCAUAUGUAGCUGCAGCCAUCAAAGAUCUCGAGGCACUGAAGAAGCACCAAGAAGCACUGGAGAUUGGCAUGCCCCGUGAGCUCUCUACUUCCGUGGUUGACGCGUUCUUAUACCUGGCUCGAAGGGUGAAGAAUACGCCUACGAAUGAGCAACUAGCGCAGCGGCUCGCGAAGGUCGAAUUACACGUGGAAAAGACGCAGAAAGAGGUAUCUCAGGCCUCUCGAGAGAUUACUACGACCAAAAGCAACACGAACCGCCUGGUGGAGGCAAUAUGCCACCCAACAUCCCCAGGGACACGUACCGCGAAAAAUUCUCCAAGCUUCAGUCACGUGACAACUAGCUCAGAGUCGUACGUACAGGCCUGGGGACGUAAGGUGCCCUCGAACCCUCCCACGGUCCCUAGCGUGGGAUUGAGUAGUGGAGGAAGCUUGCCAUCAACCCCAUAUCCAAGCCAGGAGGACCUAGAGGUCUAUCUGGAACAUACCGAUCCAAAUAUCCUCAACCCGAUACGUCGAUUCCCGGAUAAGGUGGUGGAGAAGGCAAAUCUCGCAAUACGCAGCACUCAAGACACCACCAUCGCACAUCGACGAAUUGCGGCAGCCCGUAUACUACCUAGUGGCGAUAUUAUACUCUUACUAGGCACAGUGGACGACGUCGACCAGCUUACCCGCAAGAAGGACUGGAUUAGGGCAUUCGGAAACGAAGCACGUAUACAAAAACGUACAUGGGGCGUCGUCGUACACGGCGUCAACACGAAUAUCAACCCCAAACAGCCUCAAUUCAUAACCACGCUUACCUCAGAGAACGCCCCGGUGUUCGCGCAGCUUCCAGCCUCUAUGAAUGUCACACACACGGGCUGGCUCCUAAGCGAGUAUAAGAUCAAGGAACAGAAGCUCACAAAUGCCCACCUUGUAGUCAUAUUUGAUGAUGAAAGGAUUGCUAAUUUUGCAAUCCAACGCGGCCUUAUUAUUAAGGGAAGACAGCACAAUGUCUCAAUAUACGACAAAGCAGCCAAUCUCCAGCAGUGCUUCAAGUGUCAGAUGUAUAAACAUAUCACCAGGCACUGUCAGCGCCAGAUCUGCUGCGCGUACUGCGCUGGAUCUCAUGAUACAGGGGAUUGCCCUACACCGAAAGAGAAAGAAUACGCUAAAUGUGCUAAUUGCACCGCAGAAAAUGUCCAUAUCAAAGAUCCUGCCAAGAGACUCAAUACGAAACACUUUGCGUACGCGAGGGAGUGCCCGAUACGAGCUACAUGCCUCGCAGAGGCACAUCAACGACGUACAUACGGCCCACAAUAUCACACUCCUGUGAUACGACCUGGCAAUAGUCAGCCCGGAGCCAUCUCACCAAAUGACCCUACACCAGCUGAAGCAGCCAAUACAGAGCGAAGUCCUCGCGCACCGGCUCGUACAGCCACCACACGUCGAUCUGCCAACUCAAGAAGUAAGAGCGCAGCAGCCGCCCAAAAACGAGUGGCAGAACGAUCUGAGCCCGAGCCGAUAAGCCCUACAUCAGGUGACCCUACCAAUAGAUCCUCGAAAAAGCCUAUGAGAGCGCAGUGGGAUAAAGAUCUAGUUAUAGAUGCAGAUCCUAAUCCUGAACCUAAGACAGGACCUGAGACCCAGAUUAAAUAUACAUAUAACACACGUGCACGUCAGAAUACGAAGCCUCCACCAGGAACCCCGGUUCUGCAAUCAGAUAUUGCUCCACUAGAAAUUUCACAUGUGCAAGCUGUUAGGACUGUCCGCCGAAGUAAGAGUGUGCGUACGAUCCCAGACGAUGACUCAUCUGAGGAUGAACUUACCCAGCCAUCAAUCCACGAAGCCCCUCAGGAUCCAAUCGAGCCAGCUCAGGAGGCUGAUACGCUAAUGACCACGAACCUUGAAGACAGCACCUGGGCUAACAAUCACUUCCAUAUCCUACUGCAGCCCACACCCAAGGAAGAAUACAAGAAACGCCCACGAGUCUGUUUCUACGUCAAUAGAGGGCUAGAUCCAGCCACAUGGGAGGUCCAAUACCAUAAUAGAGAUCUGAGCACAUUGACACUUCAUACAGCCGCCCAUGGAACCAUCCAUAUUCACAAUGUAUACAAUCCAGGAGUCAAUAGCAACGAGGAAUCUGUAAUUAGCGCCCUGCAAACCGCCAUGGCACCUAGGGCGCAGCAUAUUGUAUUGGGGGACUUCAACCGACAUCACCCGCUGUGGGCGGGCCCGCGGUACCGACACGUUGACGAGGAGGCCACCGAAUUGAUUAAUCUUAUGGAUGAGCAUGGGCUCGAGCAGCUCUUGCCACCAGGCACGAUCACGUACGAGAGGGUUAACGCCAAAUCUACAAUUGAUCUGGUGUGGGCAUCGCACAAUCUAGCCAACCGGGUAGUGAGCUGCGACACCAAGCCAGAGUGGUGGUACGGAGCAGAUCAUGUCCCAAUCUCCACUCAAUUUGACCUUACAGCUAUACGUGUUCCUCCAUUGGUUCGCAAGCAGUGGAAUGCAACAGAUUGGGACCUCUUCCUUAAACUGAUGGACAUAUACAAUUGGCACCCAAGGGAGCUCAAUGAUAAUGAGGCGAUCAAUGAGGCGAUCCGCUAUCUAGUUGAGGCAAUCAAUCAGGCAGCUGAGCAAGCGACACCUACAAAACAGAUCAGCAUCUACUCACGAGCGGGCUACACCCCAGAGAUGGCGAAGCUUAAACACCACGUAUCUAGGUGUAGACGACACGCACGUCGUAUAAAUACAGAUCAGGCAUGGGAGGACUACGCAGAGGCUAGGAAAGAGAUGAAACGGCGCACCAAUGAGCUCGCACGAGAUCUACAUCGCCAACGAAUUGAGCAGGCAACAGAGUCAAUAGAUGGAUUCUGGAGAAUUGCCCGUUGGGUCCGCAAUAGGGGCAAACCACGUGCCACGUUUACCCCAACGUUACACUACAAUAACACGAGUUACACAGCCCCAAAGGAGAAAGCAGCCCUAUUCCGAGAGGUCCUCCACCCAGAGCCCCCGGAGGCAGAUCUGUCAGAUAUUGGGCCACAAUAUAGAUAUCCCAAACCGUAUACGAUGCCACCAAUCACGUUAGACGAAGUCCGAAUGGCAGUAACCAACGUGAAGCCCGACAAAGCACCAGGCCAGAUGGAAUCCCCAAUCUGGUCCUACAAAGCUGCUCCCUACUAUCGAGGCCUAUCUCGUUAA